AUGAAGACGGACUUCAAGUUCUCCAAUCUUUUGGGGACUGUUUAUCGCAAAGGAAAUUUGCUUUUUACCCCCGACGGAACCUGCCUGCUGUCGCCCGUGGGCAACAGAGUCACCGUUUUUGACCUGGUCAACGAUUGUAGCAACAAGUCCUAUACUCUACCUCUUUUCCACCGCAAGAACAUCGUUCGCCUCGACCUUAAUCCCCAAGGCAAUUUGCUUCUGACCGUCGAUGAAGACGGCCGUGCCAUUUUGACCAACUUCAAGCGCCGCAUUGUUAUUUACCACAUCUCACUGAAGGGCCCAGCCGAUGCCCUGAAAUUCUCUCCGUCCGGCCGUCACUUCGCAGUGGGCGUGGGACGGCGACUGCAACUAUGGCAAACACCGUCGGUGCCAGGGACUGAUGCUGGCGGAGAUCUGGAAUUCGCGCCCUUUGUUCUACACAGGGAGCUAACAGGGCAUUUUGACGUCAUUCAAAAUAUCGAGUGGUCGAGUGAUUCUCGUUUCAUCCUAACAUCCUCGAAGGACUUGACUGCGCGGAUAUGGAGCCUAGACCCCGAAGACGGAUUCGAGCCGACUACCCUUGCAGGACAUCGUCAGGGAGUCAAGGCCGCAUUCUUCUCCGCAGACCAAGAAGCUAUUUACACAGUAAGCGAGGAUGGUGCGCUUUUCCGAUGGGAGUACACAUCAAAAAGGCUAGAAGAGGAAAUGGAGCAGGACGAACGUUGGAGAAUCAUGAAGAAGGAUUUCUUUUUGCAAAAUGAUGCCAAAUUGAAAUGCGCUUCUUUCCAUGCCAAGUCAAAUCUCCUGGUGGUUGGUUUCUCCAAUGGCAUCUUCGGUUUAUAUGAAUUGCCGGACUUUAACAACAUCCAUACAUUGAGUGUGUCACAAAGUAACAUCGACUUCGUCACGAUGAACAAGUCAGGAGAAUGGCUGGCCUUCGGGUCGACUAAGUUUGGUCAACUCCUCGUCUGGGAAUGGCAGUCGGAGUCAUACAUCCUUAAGCAGCAAGGGCAUUUGGAUUCAUUGAAUUCCCUAGUCUAUUCAGCAGAUGGGCAGCGGGUAAUCACUACGGCCGAGGAUGGUAAAAUUAAGGUGUGGGAUACUACAUCCGGAUUUUGCAUCGUUACCUUUACAGAACACACCAGUGCUGUCACAGACUGCAAGUUUUCCAAAAAGGGAAAUGUUCUUUAUACAUCGUCACUGGACGGUUCAGUCAGAGCCUGGGAUCUUAUAAGAUAUCGCAAUUUCAGAACUUUCACAGCUCCAUCUAGACUUGGAUUCACGUCUUUGGCUGUUGAUCCCAGUGGCGAGGUUGUUUGCGCUGGGUCACAAGAUUCUUUCGACAUACAUGUUUGGUCUGUGCAGACCGGUCAACUGCUUGAACAACUCGCUGGGCAUGAAGGGCCUGUCGUGUCCUUGUCAUUUGCUGCAGAUGGUAGCCAUCUGGCCAGUGGUAGCUGGGACCGAACCGUCCGAAUAUGGAGUAUUUUUGGCCGGUCGCAAACCAGUGAGCCUUUGCAAUUACAGUCCGAUGUUUUGAGUGUCGACAUGCGGCCUGAUGGAAAUCAAAUAGCCGCGUCGAGUCUUGACGGCCAACUCAGCUUCUGGAAUGUCUUCGAUGCCGUUCAAGAAAGCGCCAUUGAAGGACGCCGGGACGUUUCCGGAGGAAGAAAAAUCUCUGAUCGGCGAACAGCUGCCAAUGUGGAGGGUACAAAAUCAUUUACAAAAAUCGCAUACAGCGCUGAUGGAUCUUGCUUGCUAGCUGGUGGUAACAGCAAACACAUUUGUCUGUAUGAUGUUACCACAGGCUCGCUCGUUAAGAAGUUCACCGUGUCUGUGAACAUGUCACUUGAUGGUACCCAGGAGUAUUUGAAUAGCAAGAACAUGACCGAAGCUGGGCCCCGCGGCUUACUCGACGAGACCGGUGAAGCAUCAGAUCUCGAAGAUCGUAUCGACCGCAGCUUGCCCGGUGCUAAGCGUGGCGAUGCCGGAGCGAGAAACACAAAACCCGAGGUGCGGGUUUCAGCCGUGUCUUUCUCUCCAACUGGCCGAUCUUUCUGUGCGGCGACGACAGAAGGCCUUUUGAUAUAUAGUCUGGAUACAGAAUUCGUCUUUGACCCAUUCGAUUUGGAUAUAGACAUAACUCCGGAUUCUAUCCUCGACACGCUAGAAGAAGCUCGAAAAUCGUCUCACGCAACAUCUACGGAAGAUGCUUCGUUCCUCAAGGCUUUGAUAAUGGCAUUUCGCCUGAACGAAGCCCCGCUUAUUCGGACCGUAUAUGAGAGCAUUCCAUAUCGGGACAUUCCGCACAUUGUACGCUCUAUUCCGCAGACAUAUCUCCCUCGGUUCAUUCGGUUCAUUGCCCAUUCAACAGAUGAGACACCUCACUUUGAGUUUAACUUGCUCUGGAUCGAGUCUAUUCUCAGCGUGCACGGUCGGUACCUGAAAGACUAUAACGGUCAACUAGCACCGGAACUCCGCGCUCUACAGAGAGUUCUAGAUGAUUUUAGAGACAGUCUCAAGCGCCUCACAGAAAAGAAUGUGUAUGACCUGAACUAUCUGCUGUCUAAACCUGUUCUUGGGUCAAAGAGAACAAACGGCACACUGAGGAUUGAUGAGAGUGCGCCAGUUGAUCAGGAAAUGACAGAAGUAAACUGA